AUGCCUCGCGCGUCCUCCUCGGCAAAGCGACAUCAGGGAGCCGCCAGCCGCGACGCCAGCACCCGUCACGACAAUGGCCUUGUAGGCCCCGGGAAGCGUAUCAGCAGCAAGCAGAGGAGCCAGAGCCUGCUCGAUGGUGGCGCCCCUCGCCAGUCGGUACUCGAAAACUGCUCAAAUGCCGCCAAAGACAACGUCGAGAAUGAUCAACCCCGAUCCGCCUCGAGGCAGCAGAAUUCACUUUCACCGGCUAGAAACGGUCACACAAACGGCAAGGCCAACGGCUACGUUAACGGCUAUGCAAACGGCAAUGGAAUCGGGUCCAAGCACCAGAACGGGCAGCAUCGCGACAUGACUCCUCCAGCCCCCACCAACGCUACGACCGGCGAGCUCAAAUCCACCACGACUCUCUCGAGGCCCUCGACUGGCGCCAGCUCAGAAAACCUCAUGUCGGCGGACUUGGAUUCUCCUGCUAAUAGUCAAGCGCAUCCUCACAUGUGCAACCCGGAGGAGAAUGCUCGUCGUAUCGACGUCAACGCUGCCAAGAACGCCAACGUGCACCGCGAUACCGGUCCUCUCGAGUUUGCCCUGACCGUCCUGCGCUCUUGCCCGCUCUACGACACCAUAGCCAUUCUAAUAAUCCUUAUGCAGCUGUCUCCGAUUGCCCUCUCACUGAUCUACGGCCUAUUUACCCUCCUGACCUUUGUCCCGCCUGUUACUACCAGUUCUGGUCUAAGCAUCACCGACAUGUUUGAAGCAGCCAUUGGCACACCUUCGAUAACGGUCUUGCUAUGCAUAGACUGCGUGUUCCUACUCGUGUGGAUAUUUUUGCCGGGGCUCCUGCAGAACUUCCUGCUCGACUUUGCCCAGGUGACUAUUGCUCUCACUCUGGGUGGCGGCGGGAGUUCCCGGCAAGGGUCGCUCAACACAUUUAUGCUCUGCACAAUUAUUGUCGGUCUGUCACGUUUCGGACAACACUCGAAUGUCUCGAGCCUUUCCCGGAUAACAACGCUUUUGGGAGGAAAUGGCUGGGGAUCAUCAGAAUCCUCAGGCUCUCUAGGCACGUCCUCCUUUUCGACGUCGAGGAGGAAUGGGACGUAUGCCUGGAUACGAAACGUCUUGGCCGUACAUAUAGUUAUGCAGGGCCUCGUCAAAUUUGUUCGCGAAUGGUAUUUAAGAAGAGAAAAAAGAGAUGCACAACCUCAGAGUCAGCUGGAUCCCGAAGCCGGCAAAACUUUGUUUCCUGGAGAAUCGAGCACCGAAGGUCCACAUGGGCCUCAGACGGAAAGCGAGGCUAGUAGUUCGGCGGCCGCGGGUGGGAACCCGUCGUCAACUACGGUUUCGGUGUCAACAAAAAAGAAAAGGAAACAGAGUGCGCAGGUUCGGAUACGGCAGCCUCUUUGGGCUGCACUCGCAAGUACAAAAAUUGUUAUGGUAAAAGAAUACGAACUAUCAACAGCCGCGCGGGAAUCCGCCGGCUCGAACGCUACUGACAUUCACAACCUCGGAAAUGCGCCUUUCAACACGCAACCUGGUCAGAUAUGGGUCUGCUAUGUCGGCAGCGACGAGAUUUGCUUUGCGACAAGCCACUUCCCUGACGACGCAGUUGAGGAAGAAGAACCGCAAGAGAAUGCAAGACAUAGCACCUCUUGGGUCGACAGCAGCAAGCCAUUUUUCGUCAGAGUUAAUAAUGCCAUCUGGCAGCCGACGCGCAUAACGCGCAUGGAAGAUGAUGGUGAGGAAGGCAAGACGCAGCCAGGGUCGCGCUGGACGGGUGACAUUUAUGGCCUGACGCCCAUGUCAAGCUAUGAAUGCGAGUUUGUUAGCACCCUUACCAACGAAGUCAUCUUCUCGACAAGCGUCAGAACGGCUCAGGCCCGGACCCGGGAUGCCGACCAGUCAGCCAGCACGGCGCAGAUCACGACGCAUCGGGUGCUCUCCCGCAAGGACCCUGCCACGACGCUCAAGACUUCGAUUGCCAACCAGGAGGUGAAGCUUGCGGAGGAGAAGGUCAAGCUCAAGGGCCUCCGGAAAGAGAACAAUCGCAAAGUCAACCAGCUCCGCAAGGAAAUCGAGAAGCUGAGCAACACGGUUCAGUCUUCGGGCAGCAACGACGAGAAGUGGCGACAGAAGAUCAACCAACACAACACACAGCAAGCCCAGGCAGAACAAUCUGUGCGGGAGCUCGAGAUGCAGAUUAAGGAUAUGGAGACGGUACCCGAAGAGGUCCUUGAUCGGUAUCGCCAAAAGCAGGUAGAGUGGAACGCAGAGAAGAGCAAGUUCGACGCCGCUCGCUCGGCAUUCAAAAGCUUCAAGACAAAUAUCGACCAGGGCCUGAAGCAGCUCGUCGCCGACCGGGAUGCGCUGCAGAACAAGCGGAACAAGAUUGCGGCUCGCAUUGCCAAGCUCGACGACGAACACGCACGCAUCACCGACGCCAAUGCCCGUGGACUCGACGAGGCCGAACGGAGGAGACAACAACGCGCGGCCUUUCUGGCGGACGUGGAGCGGACGGAGAAAUCAUUUGCAGAGACAAUUGGUGCGGUUAGAGCUUACAACCAGGAAAAGUCUCAGCAAGUGCAUGCGUUGAGUGCGGCUCUAGCUGCUUACUAUGAAACCGCGACGGCCGGUGCUCUCCCUUACGAGGGCAUGGUGUACAACCAAGCGGCAAUAAUGCAGGACCCGAGCUACCAGCAGAUGUGGGGAGCCACUUCGGCGCCGGCACAGCCGCCGUACGGUGUACCGCCAUCCAUGUCCAUGUCCAUGUGGCCAGCCGCGGCCUCGGCCGGACCUCUUUCGCAGUCAAUUUUGUCCACUCCUCCGCAUCCUUCAAAUGGUCUGCAGCACCACUACCCGGCAGUCACGUCAUCCCCCCAGCAGUUCAAUCCCCAGGCAGUGAUACAACAGCCCAAUUCGGCCAAGAAGCAGCGUCGCGGUAGAUCCAGCUCGAUGCUGUCUGACGUGUCGGGAUUUACGCAAUCCGACCACGGCGACGAGGACCAGGGAACCAAUGGAUACCAUCAUCACGGCUACAGCUUCGGCAGUGGCGGCGGUGCAGGUUCAUCUUCUGGUACUCCUUCUCGCAUCCAGCGCCCUCCGCCAGGUCUGUUUGAGCAGUUCCGUGCUUAUCACCGACGUAACGACACUGGGUCCGGUUCUGGUUCGGGCUGUGGCCUCGGCGGGUCCAACUCUGGUCCGGACUCAGGAGGCAACAGCAGCAGCGGCAGCGUGCGCAGUCGAGAGUCGGGUGAUUCUCUUGGCGCUGGCGAGCCUGCGAGCCCGAUCUAG